AUGGCAGAAACUCAAAAGAGCGCCCAGUUUCCGCCAGGUGGAAAAGAACAUGCGCCAACACUCAAUAAUCUGCUCCAGCAGCCCGCAAAUGGUUACCCUCGACCUCCGUAUCCUGGACAGCCAUGGACGGCCGGAAACAGACCCGCCUAUCCCGCUCACCCAGGAAUGCCUUAUCCGCCACAUCAAGGUCACAUGAUGGGCGCACACAUGUUCAACUCGCCACGAAUGAGCCGACCGGUCCCAAUGAGUUACAAUCACGGCGCAUCCCACCACGAGCAAAUGCAAAGUCGCCCAGCUCAUCCGGGCUACCCUGGUCAUCCUGGUCAACCUGGAGCUCCUCAUCCCGGUCAAUCUGGAGCUCCGAUCGGUCAUCCCCAGCAUGGACAACAAGCCCAGCAGCCCGGGCAGCCUCGACCACAGUCUCCAGCGACAUCCAGUCCUGCUUCUGCGGCUCAGAACGGCUCGCCCACUAUAAACCCUCCACCGCCGCCUGCUCAGUCGCCGAAAACAGUUUCUAUGCCUCCCAAUCACAUGAUGCAGUCGCCGAUGGCGCGUCCGGCCACGCCGCAAGCAGCCUCCUCUCCUGCUCCGCCACAGAGUCCGAUGAGUAACGGUCAUCCGCCGCAGUCGCCUUCGCCCGCGCAACCGCCCGCAUCGCAACAGGCAGCGGCUACGCCACCGAUGAGUUUUGCCCAGCCGAGCCCAGGAGCUCCAGCGCAGCCUUCAUCUUCUGCUCCCGGUCCCGGACAGCCAGGAGCUGCUCAGCACGGAUUCAUGCGCCAUCCGACCACUGGCCAGCCAAUGCCCUAUCCUCACGGUCACCCGGCCUAUCGCAACGGCUAUCCCGGUCCUUACCCUCCUCGCCCUGGCUACCCACCUCAGGGAUACCCCGGCUAUCAUCCUCAAGUUCAAGCCGGACACCCUUACGCUGGCCACCAAGCUUACCGUCAACCGUACCCCGGAGCAGGAAUGCCAGGCGCCGCGCAGGGUAAUCCUCCUUCGUCGUCUUCGCAGCAAAGUGCCGCUGGCUCAAGCGAUCCAGCCACACAAGCCGCCGCACAGGCCGCCGCGCAAGCCGCAGUGCGCGAGGCACAGGCCCAAGGGAUGAACCCGAGGCCUCCUUUUUACCGCGGACCGCCAGGGAUGUUUCCUUCGCGCCCAGGCUUCCCCGCGCAGAAUGGCUUUCCUCCAGCAAGUCAUCCUUCUCAACGCCCUGGAAUGCCGAUGCAACACGGUCCUCCGAUGAGCUCACCUUUGGCAAGAAUGGGCACUCCAAGUAAAAACACGGAACCAAAGGAGAAUGGACCCAUGUCGCCCGCCAGUUCUUUAGGCGAUGACUCUGUAAAUAACGUAAAUUCGCCGCAACCGCCGCGUCCUCCAAGCGUCGCCAGCUCACACGGAUCAGAAACGCCCGUGGCGCGUAAAUCAACGGCCAAGGCCACGAUGAAACUCGCCGUUCUCUAUCAACCCGAGUCGCCGGAGCGUCGUGAAUUCAUCGACUUUGUCAUUAAGUUUCAUGAAGAUAAGGGUCAGCCACUCAAGGGCCCGCCAAUGUUCAAUCAGCAACCCCUCGAUCUUUUCGAACUCUACAACCUCGUCAAGAAACGAGGAGGAAUGAAUGAGAUAACGAAAAAGAAGGAAUGGACUGAUGUCGUCCGAGGGUUGAAUUUCCAAGUGUCUCCUUCCGCUGGCUUCACGCUGAAAAAACAAUACGUCAAAUACCUUUUCGAGGUUGAAUGCCGCCGAGAGCACAGACAAAUUGAUGAGGCAGAAAUUCGAAAGAUCGUUGAAUCGACAACGCGAAAGCGCGACAAGCGAAGGAGCAAGAAGGCGGAUGAAAAUGCGCUUGAACGGAACACGGCCUCGCCUGGCUCGAAUCCGGGAAUGACCCCGCCGCCGCAAGUGAUGUCCACUGGGCAGCCAACGCAGCAGGGAGGCUUUCCGCCGAGAUUUCCGUAUCCAAGGCCGCCUGGAAUGCCUGGACAGUACCCUGGCUGGGGAGGACAACCUGGUUAUCCUCAAGUGUCUCAGCAUGGCGCGCAAAUGGGCCAACGUCCGCCUCAUAUGGGCGGUUUUCCACCUGGAAUGAGGCCUGGCUUUCCUUCCGGUCCGUUUCCCAGACCUGGUUACGGGCAGGGACCUUAUCCAAUGCCUCCUGGAGGUUAUCGACCACCAAUGCGUCCUGCUGGUCCUCCAACUGGUGCUUCUCCAAGUGCUCCACACCGUCGACCAAGCGCUCAUCCCCAAGCGAUGCCGCCCCAGCAAGGAGCCGGUUCUCAACCUCAUGCCACGCCAACUCGACAAAACCCCCAUCAGGUUCAUUCUUUUGCAGCCAAUUCCGAACUUGAACAGGCACUACGCCCUGGGCGAAGAAAGGUUAAUCUGCCAGCCGGAUGCAUCGAGCGAACGGAAGCGCAGCCCUUUUACAGGGUCACGUCUAGCCGCAGCCAGAUGGAAGUCGACUUCUGGAGGCAUAUUAUGAUGCCGCUCAAAUCUGGCUUACCCGCUGAGACAUCAUCUGCUCUUAAUUUAUUACUCGUCCUAUCACGGGAUGACUGUACACUGCCACAAUUGCGUCUACACACUCUUCAAGGCCUGCUAAACCUACUCACCAGUCACUUGCGCGUCGUCCUCAACGCUAUUUUCCCCGAAAAGGCGGCUCAAGCUGGCGUCAAACGUGCCAGAGCCCAGCCUAAACAGAAGCCCUUAACUCCCGAGGAGGAGCAGCUCUACAAAAUCAACUUCAAAGAGGUUCAACAAUCCAAAUUGGGCUCCAAAUUCUCCAAGAAGCAGGUCCGCGUUAAAAAGAAAAAGUUCGGGCGACAUCUUCUCCCGGACGAGGAAGAUCAAGGGAUCAAAGACGGAGAUGAUGACGAUUCCUUCGACAGGAGCAUUAUUCUACCUCUUGAUACAGAAGUCGCCGCCGAUUUUCUUCCAAAAUGGACCAAGCCCGCCUAUCAAUUGGAAAAAGCGACACACUACAUGCUCGGAACAGACGGCGAAAAACGCAUCCCAGUUACUUCUGAGCAAGAAGAAGAUUUCAAGAAACUUGAAAAACUUGGAGGCUGGGGAUAUGCGGCUGCAGAUCUAAAGCGUCGAAAGAUCUCGCUCUCUCAAGAAACUCUGACGGCAGUUGAUGACGACGAUACUGAGGCGGACUUCUUCGAGAUUGACGAAGACCCGGUGCUUAAUCUCGCCCAGCCACCGAUUAUGCUUACCUCCAGACUGAACUGCCUUUUCGCCAUCCUGCGGAACCUAUCCUUCAACCCUCAAAACUGGAAGACCCUGGCUCGGAGCGAAGAGAUCAUCUCACUCGUCUCCUGUUUCCUUGAGCGAGAACGCACCCUCCGUGGACGAUGCAAACGCCACGCUGAAUUCGUCCUUCCAGAAAGAUACUUCUGGGACGAAAGCGUUCUCGAUCGAGAGACUCAAACUCAGUCGGAGACGAAAACUUACGACACCAAGAGUACCGAGGAGACUACAGAGACUCCGUCUUCUCCAGCGAAAUGCGAAAACUUGAAUUACUUGACCGAAAAAGAAGAAUUGAAGAAACAAAUCAAAGAAGAACCUGCCGAGAAACUUAAAACUGAUACUAAUGAUAAUGAGCUCAGCAAAAUAGACGAAAAAGAAGCCAACUUAAAAACAGAAAACGAAAAUGAUAAUGAUGAAAACAUAUCUAAAAGUUCAAAAAGUGCGAAACUCGAAGUCAAGAAGAAAGACCAAGAAAAAUCGACUCCUGAGGAUCCACGAGAGUGGUUGGUAGAAACGGACGAGUACUGGUCGCGUUUCUUCGGCGAUUUUACGCUAAUUGAGAGCACCCACGUGACGCCGAUCGAAGUGUCGUGGAAGAAAGAACUGAUGAAGGAGCUGACUGAUGACGCGCUCGUGUUCAUCUCGAAUGUUGCGCUAGAACUCAAUCUCAGCGAGCUCGACGCGCCAGAGCCGAUCAUCACCUGUUUCCUCAACUGCGCGGCGUACAAGGCGAUGGAUAAUGAUAUUCCAUCGCUGACGGAUUAUGUCACGGAGCCUGUGUCGACUUAUAGACUUGCGCUGGAAACACUGCUCAAAUUCGGCAUGAACGAGGACAACGUCGGGAUGAUUCUAUCAACCCGCCCGUUCGACCGGCUCGAGAGAAUCGUCGAGUUGCUCUUUGAAAACCUCAAUCAGGAUUUCAAUUUGAUCCUGGCGGAAAUGUCGAUAGCGCUGCUCCACAAGCUCCUGGUGCCAGAAACGGAGCUGACGACUUUUGUCCUAAAACUGCCAAACGCGAUCGCUUCAUUGGUCAAUUUCAUCGACACUCUUUCUCCGGACGUUUCGAGCCACACGAAAGGAAUGGCGAGUGAAAUCGUCGCCGAGAUCUCGAAAGACGAGGCCUCUCAUCCAACCCUUCUCCUCUUCGAGUGCAAGCUUGCGCAGCUCUUUUCCAGCUCAAUCAUGCAGCCUACCAUUCACAACCGAAUCGCUGACGUUCUCUUCCAUGUCUCCACCACCACCUCCAAUCCGCACGGACUCGAGAAGAUGAAAUCUUAA